CNUCUCUCUCUUUCUUUCGCCGGCCGGCCGCCGUCAUCCACCUUUGAUUCAUUUUCCGGUGACUGUCUUCCGUGUUCCUCCUCUUUAAUCCCUCAUCCUAUCCUCACAGGAUGGUAGCUCUUUCAAAUUCUUUGCUCUUACCAACAAACCUUUCUCUCCGUUUCUCUUCUGGCUCUAGUUUGAAGUCAGCAGACCAAAGUAUCAGUGGCGCCACCAAGUUGGCCUUCAGUCCAAGGAGCAGAGGAAAAUCAUCCUCAUCUAGAAGUUCAUUGACCGUUCAGGCUGGAUAUAGUGAUGGUGGAAGGCCAGGCAAUACCAGAAUUUUUGUUGGUGGCUUUCUUUUAGGAGGAGUAAUCAUUGGUGCACUUGGUUGUAUCUAUGCGCCUCAGAUUAGCAAGGCAUUAGCUGAAACAGACAAAACAGCGCAAGAUACUAACGGAGAAGAUUGUCCAGCUGAAUGACGCUAUUGAUGACAUUUCCAACCAGUUGAGGUCGGGAGACACGCAAAAUGGAGUUGCUGUGAACCUAGAUGAAGUCGAAACUGUUAUAUAAGAACACUUCUAUUUGUUUCAUGUAGAGAUCAACUUUCAGAAGACAUUGAGCAUAUUCUAAGAGCAUUCCUGGUUGCAGUUUUAGUAUAUCAUUAGUGUUGCUAUGAAUAUGCAAACUGAGAAAUAAAAUGUGAUUCUCUGCUAUGUUUUUGUUCUGUACCACAAGCUUCCAACUCUAAUGUACAUGCUUAUAAUCUGUUUAAUCUCACUGCCUUGGUUUGGUCGUGCAA